UCCUCUCUAUCACACAUCAGACUUUUCCCAGUGGAGCUGGAGAACAGGCUUCAAUGAAAACUGCCUGUUUGCAGCUAUAUGGAGAUUGCAGGCACCACAAUCACUAUUUCCUCUACCUGACCUGGAGCAAAAACUCCAUCAUCAGGAUAGAAAGGUAGCCUUGUUGCCUAGCAAAGGUGGGGUGAUUUAUCUCUGUCUCUAGAUUGGUCCCUUUUCUUUGCUGCACAAGAGAAUUGUUUUCAGAAUUCCAAGGAGAAUGAAGCCAGGCUAGAAAUCAGAGUGGAUGUGGGAGAGCUGUUCUCCCAGGGAGGAGAAGGAGUCACAGGGUUUCUGUGCUUUCUGUUCCUGUGCAGUGCAGGACAAUGGUUUUGUCUGCCCCUGUUAUAGCCCUGGGGGCUACCUUAGGGACUGCAACUAGCAUCCUUGCCCUCUGCGGUCUCACCUGCUUCUGCAAAUGCAAGCAACCUGGGAAAGGACUCUCAGAAAAGGACCAAGAGGAGGACACGGAAAAUACUAAGCCCAGUGUGCUUCAGCCAGUCCAGCAAUUCAACAUUAAGAAAACUGCAGAGCCAGUCCAGCCUCGAGCACUUCUGAAGUUUCCCAACAUUUAUGGCCCCAAACCCAUAGUAACUUCACCUGAAAUUGUUAACUACACGCAGUACUCCCUGAAGACAACAGAAGAACCAGCUACUGGAAAACAUACAGCUUUGGAUGAGAACAGGAUGAAGAUCCAAGUCAAUGAAGAGUUGUUUGUUCUCCCUCAAAACGUUGCAGGUGUAGUAAAGGACGUGUGUGUCACGGAGCACUUGAACCCCGAGAGGGCAGCCAGCUGUAACCAGGCCCCCGAGCUGCGCUACUCCCUGGUGUAUGAUCAAGAAAGAGCCGAGCUGCGUGUGGCCCUUCUGGAAGCUAUGCAUGGCAGAAUGAGUGGAGACCAAGAUGCUGGAUGCCAUUGCUACAUACUGGGCACACUGGUGAGCAAGUCUGGCACUGCUGAGGCCCAGACAGAGCUGAAGAAGAAGGUGCUUCACACCCUCUGGGAGGAGGUCCUGCGAUUCCCAUUAACGGAGGAGGAGAUGCCAGAGGGGACAUUGACUCUCACCCUGAGAAACUGCGACAAGUUCUCCAGGCACAGCAUUGUGGGGGAACUCAAACUGAGCCUUGCUAACAUGGAGCAGUCCUUCGGGAUGGCCCAGUGGGAAAGGCUAAAGACCCCAGAGAAGGAACCAUCUACAGGCCAUGGGGAGGUCCUGCUCUCUAUCAGCUACCUGCCAGCAGCGAACCGCCUGCUGGUGGUGAUCAUCAAGGCUAAAAACCUCCAUUCCAAGCAGCUGAAAGAUCUACUUGGCAAUGAUGUUUCUGUCAAGGUGACACUGAGGCAUCAGUCCUUGAAGCUGAAGAAGAAGCAGACUAAACGCGCAAAGCACAAGAUCAACCCUGUGUGGAACGAGAUGAUCAUGUUCGAGGUGCCUCACGAGCUCCUGCGUGCCUCCAGUGUGGAGCUGGAAAUGCUGAGCCAGGUUGGUGCUGGGCAGAGCCACGUGCUUGGCAAGUGCAGCCUGGGCUUACAUGUCACAGGCACGGAGAGGAGCCACUGGGAAGAAAUGCUGAGGAACCCCAGGAGACAGAUCGCCAUGUGGCACCAGCUCCACAUGUAGGCUCAUUGUGAUUCCUGCCUCUCAGCCUGGGCGAAUAAGCUGCAUUUCACCUUCCACCUUCCCCUCCACAAAGCUGACCAGCACAGCAUUCUUCUUAUACCACCUUCUCUGAUUUUCCUGCCUCAUCCUAGCCCAAGAAACUGCCUGGAAAAUGUAUUCAAAGGACAAUGUCUCAUCUGAUUAAGUGGUUCUCUCAAACCGGGGUUUGGCUGCCUGGAUGAUUUGAAUUAAUUCUUUUAGCCUGCCCACUGCCAUUUGUGUGAGGUCCCUGUUUCUAUAGAGAAGUAGAGGGGAGCAAAGGUAUCAUGCAAAUGUGAGACACUCCUUGGCAUCUGGCUCUGUCACCCAAGCCCUUGAUGAGUGCUGGCUCCAUAACCACAAACAUGUGGCAGAUGUUUGGCCAGUCAUUGUUUUUCAUAAUGCUUUAUAAGACUGUGAGAAAUGAAGAUCACAGAACUACCUUUCACUGCAGACAUAAAGUAUCAGUAUGAAAGGGAGAAUGAAGUCAACAUGCAAUAAAUGGCUACCUAGAAGUAAGGUUAAAAACAGAGGUAGAAGAGAGUGAGACAGUCAACACUAUCAUCCUAUGUCGCCUUUGAAGCAAACACUGCCAAACAAGAAGUCAAAUACCUUCCUGUACUUUUGUUUCCUGGAAUGUUUGAUAUUUAGGAAUCAAGAAAACUGCUGAAAAUAUGAAUGUUUCAGGAUCCUUCAGCACAAAUACCUACAUCUUCUAUCUUUCUACACUGUCACCCAGGAAGACCCUAAGCAUGGACAAGAAGUUACCUCCAAAAACUUGGACCAAAUCUUUCUGCUUACUGCCAUAUUUUCUGUUUGGGCUUCUUCUGAGCUAGAAAGUUUCAAAUACUCUAAUUAUAUUCCAGGAAACAUUUAAGACUAGGCAAGAGAAGUGAGACCAUUUCAUACCUUAGCAGUUGAUUGAUGGUUUUGGUUUGACAGUUAACUAUUGCACCCAAGUCCUCAUACCAGCAUUACUCGAAGACAACCCUUAAGAGCUGCCAUGUAUUUCAUCACUUCCAGACAGAAGGAAUUCACUGACCAGACAGACUCUCCAAGCGUUUUUUUGUGCGUGCACUUUUAAGACUUGAUGUAGCUUAAAUGUUACUGUUUACUCUCCUUUUCUUUUGUGUCUCAACGGACUGAAAGUCUGGCAUUGGCAGUGAUGAUGUUAUGACCCCAUAAGCACACCGCUUGUCCUACCACUUCAUUUCAAGUAGUAGGCGCAGCUUAAAGGGACUUCAAUUGGUACAAGGCACUCAGCAAUCUGAAAAUAAAACCAUGCAGUUUGUAGCACUGAAAAAUUCAGAUAGCUUCAUAUUUGCAGGGUCAGCUUGAUCCUUUGUUCAAUUCAGAAUAUUAAGCUAGGCUUUAUCUAGCACCCAUCCCAUUUUGGUGGCUUAGUCAAACAAGUCUAGUAGAUGCUGCCAUCCUGUUGGCAAAGGGAAACUAUCAAAACCAGUGUCUGAAAACUGGCUGAAACGAUGGCACAGAGAGUACAAACAGGGGAAUGAAGUUCAGCUGGAAGCCAGUCACUAAGUGAUGACUGGGGCUUGUAUUGGGGCUCACACUCCUCAGCAUCUUCUUAAAUGACCUGGACAAUGGGGCAGAGCAUGCCCUCAGCAAGUUUGCAGAUGAUGCAACACUGAGGGUAGCGACUGAUACACCAGGCAGUUGUGCUGCCAUUCAGAGGGAUGUGGAGAGGCUGGAGAAAUGGGCUGACAGCAUACUCCUGAAAUUCAAAGACAAGUGCAAAGUCCUGCACCUGCAGAAGAACAACCCCAUGCACCAGAGCAGGAUGGGAACUGACCAUCUGGAAAGCAGCUUCCUAGGAAAGGACCAGAGCAUUCUGUUAAACAUGACCCAGCAAUGUGCUUUUGCAGCAAAGGUCAACAGUGUCUUGUUCUGCAGUAGGAAAAGCAUUGCGAGCAGGUCAAGGCGGGUGAUCCUUUCUCUCUACUCAGCUCUGGUGAGGGCACAUCUGGAGUGCUGUGUCUACCUUUGGGCUCCUCAGUGCAAGAAAGAUAUGGACUUUCUGGAGAGAGUGCUGCAAACGGCCAUAAGGAUGAUUGAAAGACUGAAGCAUCUGUAGGAGGAGAGCCUGAGAGAGCUGGGUCUGUUCAGCCUGGUCUAGAGAAACAUUGGGAGAGAACUUAUCAAUAUGUAUAAAUACCUGAUCUAGGAGAAGACUCUUUUCAGUGUUGUUCAGUGACAAGACAAGAGGCAAGGGCACAAAUUGCAAUAAAGGAAAUUCCAUUUGAACACAUGAUAAAAACAAAGAAAAAUUACUGUGAGGAUUGUCAAACACUGGAACAAGUUGCCAAGAGAGGUUGUUGGGAAUCCCCAUCCUUGGAUGUCGGGAGUCCCCAUCCAAAACCUGAUGGGAUACAGCACUGAACAACCUGCUCUGAUUUACCUCGCUUUGAGCAGGGGUGGGUUUGGGCAAGAUGGUCUCCAGAGGUGCUUUCCCUCCUCAGUGAUGCUGUGGUUUUGUGAAGAGACGGACAUGGUUGAUGCACACUGAAAGCUCUGCUACCUGAACACUGCUCUUCCCUUUACAGUUGGUGUAGCCAGGAGUUACAGGAUCAUUUUGAAGAGAGUGAUAAAACAGAUUUGACCAACGAACCACACAGAAAAGCUAAGUAUGCCAGUGAACACUGGACCCAAUGUUUUAAUCUCUGAUAUUGCUCCACUGGCUAGAGGGGAUUUAAGCACAAAAUAAUUGACUUGUUUUGCUCUGUGGGGUUUUGUUUAUUAACUGAAAACUGUAGUAUGCUGUGAACAAACCAGGCACAGGGCUUCCACUGACAGUGAAUUCUUAAUAGUUGCCCUGUUCAUAGUUGCCUGUAGAUACAGAUUUGGAAUCAUUAUUUCCCUUUAAGUGCAAAACUCAUUGUAAUGUUGGCCUACUCUACAUAUAGGUUCCUGGCAGCACUGUGAAUCUUCCUUCUCUUUAGGAUAAUGAUAAGGAUAAUCUCCUGGUAUGAACCUAUUUGGCUGGCACCGGAAAGCCUAAAGGGUGAAAUAUUUGCCUUGCUGCCAAGAGAUUUCUUUAGUUCUGUCUCCUGCUUAUUUUAAUGAGCUUUUUAUAACAUCUUGGUGACUGAUUGUAAACAGCAUUAUCUGCCCCUGGAGAUUUUGGCACACCCUGUAAUUAGACAGCAAUCCUAUAGUAUCUAAAGGCACAACCCCUCACAUAAUCUCAUAAUGUCCCUUUUACAGCAGAGAAAUAUGUGUCUACACACUGCUUAGCUACAAAUCUGUCUUAGGAGCAAAGUGAUGCCAUCAGUGUUAACAAAUGGUGUUGUUCCCUCACUUUGCUGCAAUGGGAUUUAAAUGGGAAAGAGGCAGAGGGAAAACACAUGCAUCUUUCCCAGCUGGAUCAUUUCUGUUGUCUGGCAUUUUAUCCUAGAAGGAAUGUUUCUCACAUUCAGCUCAACCUGAACAAAGCCUGACGGGUGCUUGUUUAAUGAGGCAGCAUUUGAUGUGCUGGGGCUGGAAGCAGGAGCAGGGAAGGGCACUGGUUUUCCUGGACAGGAGGAAUGCUGCGUACGUGUGGUACUGGAGGGGCAGGGACCCUCAGCUCAGGCCCUUUUGAACUCUGUUAAUAGGAGCUGUUUGUCAUCGCAUUCCAUUGCCUGCCAUGGCCCUGCCCUCAUCCCUGUUUAGCAAUGCUGUAUGCCCCUAAGCCUCAGCACCCCAAGGGCCAGAGAUGCUAAACUGGUCCAAGCAGACAAACUGCAGGGAGUUCUUGUGGUGGAUGACAACGUCAUGAAUACGAAUGCAACGUGUUUGGAAAUGCAUCUUGCCAUCGUAUCCAGCAGCUUCAGCAACACAAGCUGGCAAAGCAUCAUUCAAAUGCAGGAAGGACAGGGAACUGAGCCAGGCAGCCCUGUGGUUUUCAGCUCCUAAAAACAGGAGCAUCAUGAUCGUCUUAAAUCAAAGGGUGCUGCUUGUAAACUGCAUCAUAAGAGAAGCAGCAAAAACCUCCCCCCAAACAGUUAUGGCAAGAAAUGUUGUUCUGCUGUGUGUGUGACCAAAAAUAGGCAUUAGAGUCCCCAAUGGCUAUUUGGUGGUUGCACUGAUUAUUCUUCAUGUUGUUUUUCUCAUUAUUCUUCUUCAUGUUAAUGGGUUAUAGCAAAAACCCAUUAACAUGAUGAAGCUGGAAGCAAUGAGACUGCAGGGAGGAAGGAAAUGAAAAUAGAGGGUGGGGGGCAGUCUAUCUGGUCAGAAUGAACAAUCCUUUCACAAAGGGACAGAGUUAUAAAUUUAAGGACAGGGAUUCACAGUCCCUCCAGCGACAAAACCCAAACAACACAACUGCUGGAAAACAGAGUGAGAAAUGCAGCUCCCAUAUUGCAUCCAGCAUCUUCUGGGAGAGGUGGUCUCAUGCUGUGGCCUCUGUACAGGACUGAGAGGCCAGAGGAGAUAACUUGAGGCUAGUUUCCUGGUUAAAAUAUAGAUUAUAGCCAUGUGUUGCUUUGCCUUGACCUGCCCUCAGACCUAGAUCUUCCUGGAGAAGUGAUUUAGUCUGAUUUUAGGCAAUUUGUACUACAGUAGAGGAGAUUAAAAAGCACAAUCAUCAAUACUUAUGAAAACAUCUCUGGGAUGUUUUAGACUCAUUACUACUCUCAGCCCCUUCCCCAGUUGUAAGGGGGAAUUGCAAUUGCAAUAGGUCUCCUGUAAGGAUAACACUUUUUCAAUGCAGUUUUCUCUUCACUUCCUGUCCCAAAUAUCCUUUACAUGGUGAUAGGAACCAAGUUUGCUUUGCAAAGAGGUAAUACAUCAAAAUCAGUGGAAAAUUCCCUUCAACAGGGCUGGGAAAACGUUCAGGCUUAACUAUUCUCCCAGGCAUUACGGUGCUUUCAACACCUUGAGCAAAAGUACUUUGCAUUUUGCUAGCAUCUGCCAUCAGAAUUAUCUGGCAGUGUUGCCCAAAGACACCCAGAUCGGUUUUCUUCCAGAAUGGAGGAAGGUGCAAUUUGGGCUCUAGAAAUACAGCCCAUGGUUUGCCCAAAUUUUCCUCAUGUCUAAGAUGAGUUGAGCAUGAUGAUCUUUAGGAAGAGCUGGGAGCUACGGUGGCUUGGACCACGCUUCCUGCACUGCUUUGAAGGUCAGUUUAAAGGUGGAUUGAAUUGAAGGGUAGAGCUUUGGCAGCAUUUUUUAUGUGUUUCUGAUUUUCACUAAGUCUCAAGUGUAUUUGAUUCCUUUGCUGAAAGAUGAGCAUGAUAAGUAAAUACUAAUACUUGACACUUUGUAUUGUUUGUUCUAUUGGUAAUAGUCAAACUGCACAAGAACAGUAGCAAAGUGAAAUAGUGCUUUGUAGCCUUUCAGCAUGAGAAGGCUUUUCUGCUUACUUGGUCCUUUGGUGUCCCAGUGUGUUUAUUGUACAGAGCCACAUACUGUUUGUCAAGACUCUAUAUUGUUCACACAGUUCAAAGCACAAAACCAGAGCAUGAGGCUCGUCCAUUGUGUCCAGUGUUACAGCACAACAUGUAAAUCACUGCAAGUAAAUUAUUCCAAACUGUUCCAA